CCAAACAUUAUACGCAUCCUUUUACUAACCGAUCGAACACAAUCUCGACCCACACUAAUCACACACUCUUUCUCUAACUCUAUAUUCCGAUUCCCAACUUAGCCUUCUCUUCUUCUCUUGGUAGAUUUUCUCUUUCCCAGAACUCAGCUGCGUUUUUCCUUCGGCCCAAACACACAUACAAACCCCAAAUCAACACUACGAUUUCUCUCUCUAAAGACUACCGUUUUCUCUCUCCUCAUUUUCAUGUCUUCCAUUGUCGUCUCGUCCUUUCUUCCUCGCGCCAUUACUGGGCUCCAAACCCUAACUCUUAAUCACUCACACAGACUGCUCUGUUUCGUCUCUGAUGGCCACUACACUAGCUUUUCUCUGACAGUUUCGUGUUCUUCUCUUCAAUUCUCUGGUAAAGAUGACUGAUCAAAAGAUGUUGGUAUUUGGGUCAUUUACAGAAGAUGAAAUCAAGUUCUUGAGAGGACAGCCACCUGAGAAUGAUAUAGAAAUAAAGUUUGGUUCUUUGGACAUUGCUACAUUAAGAUCUGUGGGAAUAUUUAACACUAAAGCAGCAGGGAUUGAGAAUUCCAAAGGUCAGCUAUCAAAACUGGUUAAUAAACCAACAUUAGGAUCCGGGACUGUUUGUACAAUAGAAGAUACAUCACAAAUAGUAGCCGCAACUGGAGAUGAAAACGGAAGAAUCCACGAUUCUUAUCCUGUUCGCCAUAGUGAUAUUGCGAAAGAACUGAAAACAAACAAUACAGACCUACCUGGGUCAUGUCUAUCUGAUCAAUCAAAUCAGUCAACUCCAAAACGGCACGGGAUUGGUGUGACUCUAUCGUCGAACCAUUGUGAAAGUGAUGCCUUAGUUGCUUCACCAGAUAUUGUGGAUAUUGCAGAUGCCAAAGAAAAUAUUCACAAGGUAUCGGAUGAAUUGUGUGCAAAUGAUAGAAAUUUAGUACCUCGAGGUUUAGUCAACUUGGGGAAUCUAUGCUUUCUCAAUGCAACACUGCAGGCUCUUCUCUCCUGUCCUCCUUUUGUUGUACUCCUGCAGGAAUUAAGAACUCGUGAUAUACCAAAGGUUGGGUAUCCAGCGCUACAUGCAUUUGUUGACUUCAUCUCUGACUUUGACAUGCAAACCGAGUGGAGCACGAAGAAAAAAUCAAUGGUUGUUCUGGAAACUGGGAGGCCUUUCCGCCCUAUCAUGUUUGAAUCUAUAUUGAAAAGUUUCAGUCCGGAUGUGCCAAAUAGCAUGUCAGGCAGGCCAAGGCAAGAAGAUGCUCAGGAGUUCUUGAGUUUUGUCAUGCAUCAAAUGCACGAUGAAUUGCUUAAACUUGAAGGUCAAAUUCCAAUUGAAAAUGGUGGAAAAGCCUCCUUGGUUUCAUCUAUGAAUGAUGAGGAUGACAAUGAUGAUAAUUGGGAGACUGUUGGCCCAAAGAACAAAACUGCUAUUACAAGAACACACAGCUUCAUUCCGUCGAAGUUGAGUGAGAUUUUUGGAGGAAAAUUGAAGAGUGUUGUGAAGGCAAGAGGUAGUAAAGCCUCAGCUACUAUACAACCAUUUCUUUUGCUCCACCUUAAUAUUUCUCCGGAUCCUAUCUGUUCCAUAGAAGAUGCACUUCGUUUGUUUUCUGCACCAGAGACACUAGAAGGGUACAGAACAUCUGCAGCUGGAAAGGCUGAGGUGGUGAAUGCUAGCAAAUUUGUUAAGAUACUCGAGCUUUCUGAGAUAAUGAUAUUGCACUUGAUGCGUUUUAGCUAUGGAAGUGAAGGAAGCACCAAAUUGCAUAAACCUGUGCACUUCCCUCUGGAUCUUGUUCUUGGACGUGAAUUGCUAGUUUCUCCAUCUCCUGAGGGACGAAGAUAUGAACUUGUUGCAACAAUCACUCACCAUGGAAGGGAUCCGUCAAAGGGGCAUUAUACUGCCGACUCCCGCCACCCAAGUGGCAAGUGGCUGCGGUAUGACGAUGCUUCUGUUACUGUCAUUUCCACAAGCAAGGUAUUACACGACCAAGCUUACAUCCUCUUCUACAAACAACUGUAGAUCUAUGACAUAUGGAGUUGUAUUAUUUUUGAACCUUUUGAAAACUUGGAAUAUUUAUUUUGUAAUUUAUUUCCUUAGAAGUUUCUUAUGGUAAGUGGUUGAUGUAGGAAAGAAUGUGUAAUUUAAUCAUGUUAGGAAUUUAACAUGAGACACUCGUCUACUGGUUUGUAUUAUGGAUAUGUAAUGUAAUUGAAAUUUUAUGAGGAGCGGACAAUUGGACUGUGUUUCUAAUGCUCAAAAGCUGGAUGGCUCA